GCUCUUCAAUAUUCAUUUGGGUAGUAAGAGUGCCAACUAACAGUCAACUACAAAAUCCAAUUAACUUCCAUUUUUAGUUGGCCUUCUUUUUAUACAUUCUACUUCUUCACUCCUCUUCUUCAGCUUCAUCAAGCCUGGAGUGGAGAAGCCUCAUCAUUCCACUUCAAAUUCUUCAUUAUUACUCUCAAUAUACUGUCUCUCUUGCUACCUUUUUAAAUACCUUGACAAAGAGUUGAAUCAUGGCUGAGGAUCUGGACAAACCUUUGCUGGGUCCUGAAAAUUUCAACAGAGAGGGGAUUGAUUUGGAGCGACUACCAUUAGAAGAAGUUUUCGAACAACUGAGAACAUCACAUAGAGGACUUUCAUCCGACGAUGCUGAAGCCAGACUGGUUAUUUUUGGCCCUAACAAGCUUGAAGAGAAACCAGAGAACAAAAUAUUGAAAUUUCUUAGUUUCAUGUGGAAUCCAUUGUCAUGGGUUAUGGAAGCUGCAGCUGUGAUGGCAAUUGCCCUCGCUAAUGGUGGAGGUGAGGGUCCUGAUUGGCAAGACUUUGUUGGGAUUAUAUGCCUCCUAAUAAUCAACUCGACAAUUAGUUUUAUAGAGGAAAACAAUGCUGGGAAUGCUGCUGCAGCACUUAUGGCUCGUUUAGCUCCAAAAACAAAGGUUCUCAGGGAUGGGCAGUGGCAAGAACAAGAUGCUUCUGUUUUAGUGCCAGGAGAUAUAAUUAGCAUAAAGCUUGGGGAUAUCAUUCCCGCUGAUGCACGCCUGCUUGAAGGAGAUCCUUUAAAAAUUGACCAGGCAACUCUUACUGGAGAGUCUCUACCUGUUACUAAGAGGACAGGUGAUGAAGUUUUUUCUGGUUCAACAUGUAAGCAUGGAGAAAUUGAAGCUGUAGUUAUAGCAACUGGGGUACAGUCUUUCUUUGGAAAAGCAGCACAUUUAGUUGACUCUACUGAAGUCACUGGACAUUUUCAGAAGGUCCUUACCUCCAUUGGGAAUUUCUGCAUCUGCUCAAUAGCUGUGGGAAUGAUUCUUGAAAUCAUUGUCAUGUUCCCUAUACAGCAACGUUCUUAUAGGGAUGGAAUUAACAACCUUCUUGUGCUCUUAAUUGGAGGAAUACCUAUAGCUAUGCCAACGGUACUGUCAGUAACACUUGCUAUUGGUUCUCAUCGGCUCUCUCAACAGGGUGCCAUUACGAAAAGGAUGACAGCAAUUGAAGAAAUGGCAGGCAUGGAUGUACUCUGCAGUGAUAAAACUGGAACUCUUACCCUGAAUCGCCUCACAGUUGAUAAAAACCUUGUUGAGGUUUUUAACAAAGACAUGGAUAAAGAUACGGUUGUCUUGCUUGCAGCCAGGGCAGCAAGAUUGGACAAUCAGGAUGCUAUUGAUGAAGCAAUUAUCAACAUGCUCGCUGAUCCAAAGGAGGCACGUGCUAAUAUAACAGAAGUGCAUUUCCUGCCCUUCAAUCCAGUAGACAAACGCACUGCAAUUACCUACAUUGAUUCUGAUGGUAACUGGUACCGAGCCAGCAAAGGAGCUCCAGAACAGAUCUUAAGUCUAUGUAAAGAGAAACAAGAAAUUGGUGGAAGAGUGCAUGCCAUAAUAGACAAAUUUGCUGAAAGGGGAUUACGUGCCCUUGGAGUUGCUUUUCAGGAAGUUCCAGAAAAAACUAAGGACAGUCCUGGAGGUCCUUGGACGUUCUGUGGAUUGUUGCCCUUGUUUGAUCCUCCAAGACAUGAUAGUGCUGAGACCAUCCGGAGAGCGCUAAACCUAGGUGUCUGUGUUAAGAUGAUUACAGGUGACCAAUUGGCAAUUGCGAAGGAGACAGGUCGACGACUUGGUAUGGGAACCAACAUGUACCCCUCUUCCUCAUUGUUAGGCCGUGAGAAAGAAGAAAAUCAUGAGGCCCUGCCAGUGGAUGAGCUCAUCGAAAAAGCAGAUGGUUUUGCCGGUGUAUUCCCUGAACAUAAAUAUGAAAUUGUAAAAAUUUUACAAGAAAAGAAGCAUGUGGUGGGAAUGACUGGAGAUGGUGUAAACGAUGCACCUGCUUUAAAGAAGGCAGAUAUUGGGAUAGCAGUGGCAGAUUCUACAGAUGCAGCAAGAGGUGCUGCUGACUUAGUCUUAACAGAACCUGGAUUAAGCGUAAUCGUCAGUGCAGUCUUAACUAGCCGAGCAAUAUUCCAAAGAAUGAAGAAUUACACGAUAUAUGCCGUCUCCAUAACAAUAAGGAUUGUGCUUGGUUUCGUACUCCUUGCGUUGAUAUGGGAAUAUGACUUCCCACCUUUCAUGGUUCUGAUAAUAGCAAUACUCAAUGAUGGAACCAUCAUGACUAUUUCAAAAGAUCGUGUAAAACCCUCUCCAGCGCCUGACAGUUGGAAGCUCAAUGAGAUAUUUGCAACUGGCGUAGUCAUUGGAACAUAUCUCGCUCUGAUUACUGUGUUAUUUUAUUGGCUUGUAGUUGAAACAACCUUCUUUGAGACCCAUUUCCAUGUGAAGUCCUUAUCCAGCAAUAGCGAGAAGGUUUCGUCUGCUAUAUACCUGCAAGUUAGCAUAAUCAGCCAGGCUCUAAUAUUUGUUACACGCAGUCAGGGAUGGUCUUUUCUAGAGAGGCCUGGAACCCUCUUGAUGUGUGCAUUUGUGGUUGCACAACUGGUGGCCACCUUAAUAGCUGUGUAUGCGCAUAUCAGCUUUGCAUACAUCACAGGCAUUGGAUGGGGAUGGGCUGGAAUUAUAUGGUUAUACAGUUUGAUCUUCUAUAUACCUCUGGAUAUUAUCAAGUUCACAGUUCGUUAUGCAUUGAGUGGGGAAGCCUGGAAUCUGUUAUUCGAUCGAAAGACGGCCUUUACCUCUAAAAAAGACUAUGGGAAGGAUGAUAGAGCAGCUCAGUGGGUACUUUCCCAGAGAAGUCUCCAAGGACUGAUGUCUGCAGAUUUAGAGAACCUUAAUGGAAGGAGAUCUAGUCUUAAUGCAAGGAGAUCUUCUUUGAUCGCCGAACAGGCCAGGCGCCGUGCUGAGAUAGCCAGGCUGGGAGAGUUACACACGCUGAGAGGGCAUGUAGAAUCAGUGGUGAGGCUUAAAAAUUUGGACUUGGGUGUGAUCAAAUCAGCACACACAGUUUGAAGUGAUAUGUAUCUACUGUCAUUCAAUUUGGACGAGGAGAACAUAGCGGCAUUUGUUUAUAAGAUUAUGUUUAGAACAAUCUGCCAAACAAAUUUUCCUGAGUAGUUGAAAAUGACAGUGGAGAUCUUUACAGUUUUGGAGGCUUAAAAGUGAGGAGUGUAUUUAAAAAUGGCUUUUUUUCUUCUUCUCUUGCUGAUUCUUACUAUUUAUUGCAAUUUUUUUUUUCAAAAAAAAAAAAGGAGGGAUAUUUAUCAUGAUCUUUGGAAAUGCUUAUUUGUUAUGGAGAGAUUUUUUGUGUAAUACAAAUUCCAACCUAAUAAAGCCAUCAAAGGUACUGGAAUUUCUCA